AUGGCCUCCACUACUGAGACUGCCUCCCCCAUUGGCAUUGCCAACCUUCCCAACCAGCGCCACAAGAUUGUCGCUAAGCGGGGUGCGGCUUUCACCAUUAUGGUUGCUGGAGAGUCCGGCUUGGGAAAGACAACCUUUAUCAACACCUUGUUCUCGACGACCAUCAAGAACUACGCAGACCACAAGCGUCGUCACCAGAAGCAGAUUGACCGGACUGUUGAGAUUGAGAUCACCAAGGCCGAGCUGGAGGAGAAGUUCUUCAAAGUUCGUCUGACCGUUAUCGAUACUCCUGGGUUCGGAGACUAUGUCAACAACCGUGAUUCCUGGCAACCUAUCAUUGAGUUCCUUGACGACCAGCAUGAGUCCUACAUGUUGCAAGAGCAGCAGCCCCGCCGCACAGACAAGAUCGAUAUGCGUGUGCAUGCCUGCCUGUACUUCAUCAGACCCACCGGCCACACCCUGAAGCCCCUUGAUAUCGAGGUUAUGAAGCGUUUGAGCUCUCGCGUCAACCUAAUUCCCGUCAUUGCUAAGGCUGACACCCUCAGCCCCGCCGAUCUGGCCCGUUACAAACAGAGAGUCCAAGCUGUUAUUGAAGCUCAAGGCAUCAAGAUUUAUACUCCCCCGAUUGAAGAAGAUGAUGAGCACGCCGCCACCCACGCACGGAGCCUGAUGGCUGCUAUGCCUUUCGCUGUGAUUGGUUCCGAGAAGGACGUGAAGACCAGCGACAACCGGGUUGUAAAGGGCCGUCAAUAUGCUUGGGGAGUUGCUGAAGUUGAAAAUGAGGACCACUGCGACUUCAAGAAGCUUCGUUCGAUCCUGAUCCGUACCCACAUGCUGGAUCUUAUCCAUACCACCGAGGAGCAGCACUACGAGGCCUACCGUGCGCAACAGAUGGAGACCCGGAAAUUCGGCGAGGCUCGUCCCAGGAAGUUGGACAACCCCAAGUUCAAGGAAGAAGAGGAGUCGCUGCGCAAGCGGUUCACCGAGCAGGUCAAGGUCGAGGAGCAGCGUUUCCGACAGUGGGAGCAGAAGCUCAUUGCCGAGAGAGACCGCCUCAACAAGGACCUGGAGGCUACGCAUGCUGCUAUCAAGUCGCUCGAACAAGAAAUCGAGUCUUUGCAGGGCUCAUCUACUCGGAGCCAUGGACGUCGCUAA